GAUUCUACUGAUAGUAGUUUGGGGAUGAGCAUCCCGAAACUUACUGCUUAACUUAAGAGUGUUUCUGGUCAUUCCUGUUUAAAAACCACCACCCCAUCUAAGGGCGAUAUGGGGACAGGGCUGUCACUAACUCUGUUCCAACAGUAAUUUUAAUCGUGGCUCCCUCUCUGAAGGAGAAUGAUGGCACAAGAGAAUUGCUGCAGAUGAAGAUUUCUUAUAAUUACCUGUAAUUUGUUCACUGACACUCGCCACUUUUCAGUGUCAAAUCCUGGACUUUCAACUAGGGGACAGUUUGAUUACAGCUUUGAUUUAAUUCGUGUUAUGUGUUCUUGUCCCUUGUACCUCCACUCAGACCUCUUUUCAUCCCUGGGAUUCAAGAUAUUCAGUAUAUUCAGCAGCCUCCAUCAGCAGUGCUUUUGCUAGUCAUGUGUAAUAUGUAUGACAGUGAGUAAAUACAGCGAAUAGUGGGAGUAAUGGGGAUGUUGCGUUUGGGAUCAAGUGCGAGAGUUUUGAAAGGAUCUGAUUCAUUUGUUGCCUCAAUAUAUGCUGCGUGAGGUUCUUAAGGCACAUUUCCUGUGAUAUGCUGUCAGCAAACCACACUCGUUGUUGGUUGUUCCCAGACCCACGCGGCUCAAGACUCUUGUGCGGUACGGCUGGAUGGAGAACGGGCUUUCGGUGGGAUGGCGGCUCUGAGGCAGCACUGGCACUGUGACAAACAUUCCAAUUCUGUCUUGUAGAAACGCUUUAACGUUUUGGUGUUUAAAAGCCUUUUACGAGUAUUCGCUAAAGUUAUAUAGAAACUGCACAGAGUAAAUAAGUUUUGGUUCGGUGGUUUUGCCCUGAGGGCCCUCAGCAGGCGCCGUCGCUGCCGGGAAACCCGCCCCCCCCCUUUCUCCUCCGUGAGGCCGCAGGUGCCACCGGCCCCGCCAGGCCCAGGGGCCGCCCGCCCGUCGCCCUCUCCAGGCCGCGGCCUGUGGAGGCGGUGCCGAGGCCCGCCUCCGGCCGCCGCGCUCCCCGCGCCCAUAGGCCGGCCGGGCGCCCACCCCGCGGCGGGGCGGUGGUUUUCUGGCGGGCGGCGGCCGCCCCGCCGCACUCCGCGAUGCCGUGCGGGCAGCAGGAGAGCGGCGGUAGCGCGGCCCCCGGGCGGUACGUGGUGGGGGUGGACGUGGGCAGCACGGUGGUGAAGUGCCACGUCUACGACUGGGCGGCCGCGGUCAGAGGCUCCAGCUGUAGGAAGGUGGAAUCGCUUUAUCCUCGUCCUGGCUGGGUUGAAUUAGAUCCUGAAGUGCUGUGGAGUCAGUUUGUUGGUGUAAUAAAAGAGGCUGUACAAGCUGCGGGACUUCACAUGAGGCAAAUUGCUGGUCUUGGCAUCUCAACACAGAGAGCAACUUUCAUUACAUGGCACAAGAGGACAGGGAAACCUUUUCAUAAUUUCAUAAGUUGGCAAGACUUAAGAAGUGCUGAACUUGUGAAUUCCUGGAAUAAGUCCCUUCUGCUGAAGGUAAUCCAUGUUAUUUUUACAGUGCUUCAUUUCUUGACUGGGAAUGAUCGAUAUUUGGCACCAAGUUUUCUUACUUUUUCAACACAACAAACUUCUAUGAAGUUGUCAUGGGUUUUUAAAAACAUCCAUGAGGCUGAAGAAGCUGCCAGAAAAAAUAACUGCUGCUUUGGAACAGUUGACACGUGGUUAUUGUAUAGAUUGACUAAAGGUUCUGUGUAUGCUACAGAUUACUCAAAUGCCAGUGCUACAGGCGUUUUUGAACCCUUUACCAAAUGUUGGAAUCCCACUUUGUGUAAUUUACUUUCCAUUCCAAUGUCUAUUUAUCCUCCAGUGAAAGACACAAGCUUCAACUUUGGAUCAGCUGACUCUGAAAUAUUUGGGGUACCUAUUCCAAUAAUGGCGGUGGUAGCUGACCAGCAGUCAGCUAUGUUUGGAGAGUGCUGCUUUCACCCAGGAGAUGUUAAACUGACCAUGGGAACAGGUGGUUUCUGGAACGUGAAUACUGGAGAGCAUCUCUUUGCAUCAAGGAGAGGUCUGUAUCCACUGAUUGGUUGGAAGAUUGGGGAAGAAGUUGUUUAUUUAACUGAAGGCUGUAUGUCAGACAUUGGCACUGCCAUAAGAUGGGCUCAGGAUAUAAAUCUUUUCACCAAUGUAGAUGAAACAGAAAAAAUGGCACGGAGUAUUGUUGAUUCUCAAGGCGUUUGUUUUGUUCCAGGUUUUCAGAUUUCUGUGAAUGACCCGUAUUUAUGUGCCUCUUUCAUGGGCCUCAAACCUUCCACUACCAGAAACCAUCUUGUACGAGCCAUUUUGGAAUCUGUAGCUUUCAGAAACAAACAGCUUUAUGAUAUCAUUGUGAAGACGGUACGCCUUCCUCUUCAAACUAUUCGAGCUGAUGGAGGUGUCAGUAAUAAUAGUUUUGUCAUGCAGAUGACUUCAGAUUUAAUCAAUAAGAAAAUAGAAAAACCUGCAAAUGCAGACAUGUCUAGUCUUGGUGCAGCUUUUCUAGCAGGCCUUGCUUCAGGAUUUUGGACUGACAAAGAGCAACUAAAGAAACUAAGGCGAAUAGAAGCAGUUUUUGAGCCCCAGAAGGACUCGGAGGAAUACAAACCUGCUAUGGGUAUCUGGCUACAAGCAAUGAAGCGCUCCCUGCACUGGUAGAAAUUGGCAUUUUAAUUAUAGAAGAAUUAAAUUUUUUUUAAUGCUUAUUUAUAAAACCCUGACAUUAAAAGGACAGUAAAGACCAUAACUGAAAUUUAUUACCCUCCUGCUGCUAGGUUACUUACCAUACCAUAAUGAACCUUCAUAUCAUCCCUAUGACAGCUGUGGGCCAGCUGCAGCAUUUGUGUCCCUUCAGUGACCUCCCUUGGGUGGCCCAGCUGCUUGAAUCCUACAGCGUACUAGAGAUGGGGAGUUUUUUCCUAUGAUGGGUUUUCUACUGAGGAACUUACCUCCUUUCUGAUCUUUAAAAUCUUUGGUAUGUUAAUAAAAGGCACAUAUAAUUCCCUAGGCAUUUCUAAGAAACGUAAAAUGAUUGUUGGGGGGUGAGUUGUGAUGAACUUAAUUGCGUACAAAGAGAUGUUCUUAUCAGUAGCCUGUUACCCACCUUUUGGUUGACUUUCUAAGGAAGCAUUUAACCCAGGUCUCUGAUGACAUUUUUGUGCAGUAAAUUAAGAUGAAAUGCAAAAGCAAAUAAGCUUUCACUACUCCAUUUUAAAAAAAUAAAAUUCCAGGAUUUUUGUACCUGAUGGUUCAAAGCUAGCUUGUAGCUGAAAUUGUUUAAAUUUUAUAAAGACCAAAAAUUUUAUUAUGUGGCAUGGCUAAUACAAAUACAUUAACAGUAGUUACAGGUAUGCUAUCUAACUUGUAAAAAUCUGUAACAUUAGUAUUUUCAAGCCCAUUGUUAAAUCUUAUUGUUGUUAGUUAAAAGGGGGUCAAAAGUCUAUUUUUGAAGCAAUGAAUUACUUUUAUAUUUUU